AUGGCUUCGAGGGAUCCCGCGUCUGACCAACUUGUAAACUAUAGUAAGGCCAGGAAGGAUUCUCCUGGUUACAUUACAACAAAAUCUGGAUCACCAGUCGGUGUUAAAUCAGCCGUCCUAACAGUUGGUAAGAAUGGACCUGUCCUUCUUCAAGAUGUCAACUUCCUUGAUGAGAUAUCAUCAUUUACCAGGGAGCGCAUUCCUGAACGUGUUGUACAUGCUAAGGGAGCUGGUGCUUUUGGGUACUUUGAAGUGACCAAUGAUAUUACAAAAUAUUGUGCUGCAAAAGUUUUUGAGUCCAUCGGCAAGAGAACUCCUAUCGCUGUCAGAUUUUCAACAGUUGGAGGAGAAAGCGGCUCAGCUGAUACUGUUCGUGACCCAAGAGGAUUUGCUGUUAAGUUCUACACUGAUGAUGGUAAUUGGGAUAUUGUUGGGAACAACACACCUAUAUUCUUCAUCAGAGAUGCAGCUCUCUUCCCAAGCUUUAUUCAUACUCAAAAGAGGAACCCAGCUACUCACUUAAAGGACCCUGACAUGUUUUGGGACUUCUUGACCCUCAGGCCAGAGACAGCUCAUCAGACAAUUUACCAUUUUGGUGACCGUGGAAUUCCCGAUGGGUACAGACACAUGAAUGGUUACGGAUCACACACUUUCAAGUUAGUUAAUGCUCAAGGGGUUGCUCACUGGGUUAAGUUCCACUACAAAACUAAUCAGGGCAUAAAAAACCUGCCUGCUGACAAAGCUGCUGAGCUUGAAUCGUUGGACCCCGAUUAUUCUAUUAGGGAUUUGUAUAAUGCCAUUGCCAGAGGAGAAUAUCCGAGCUGGACCCUCUACAUUCAGGUCAUGACCAUGGCUAAAGCUGAGAGCUGUAAAUUCAACCCAUUCGAUAUGACUAAGAUCUGGCCACACUCUGAGUACCCCUUGAUUCCAGUAGGUAAGCUAGUGCUGGACAGAAACCCAAAGGAUUACUUUGCUGAAGUUGAACAGCUUGCGUUCAAUCCUGCAAACUUAGUGCCCGGUAUCGAACCGUCUCCCGACAAGAUGUUGCAGGGACGUUUGCUUGCAUACGGUGACACCCACCGCCACCGCCUUGGAGCUAACUUCUUGCAAAUCCCUGUGAACUGCCCAUACAGAGUGACCGUUGCAAACUACCAGCGCGAUGGUCCUCAGGUUAUGCAACACCAAGAAGGUUGCCCCAACUAUUUCCCUAACUCAUUCUCUGGACCGCAAGAGUGUCCCCGUGCACGACGCCUGCAACAUAGAUACAACCUGAGUGGUGAUGUUGAUAGGUACGACAACGGACAUACGGAAGACAACUUUUCACAGGCUACAGUACUGUAUCAGCAAGUAUUUGACUAUGCUGAGAAAGAACGUUGCGUUGCAAACAUUGUUGCAAGCCUAAAGAAUGCUGCUGGAUUCAUACAGGAGAGGGCAAUUAAAAUGUUUACUCAGGUCCACCCAGAUCUAGGAAGGAAGGUUGCGUUAGGUUUGGCUCCAUACAAGAAAUAUCAUGCUAACCUCUAA